AGGUUGUGGUGAGCACGCUUUAUUUUUUUGGUAUUUUUUGAGUUCUUCUUGAAGGAGCUGCAGCAACGACCAAGCUACUUCUCUGACCGUGAAGAUUUUUUUUUCGAUAGUUUUAUCUUGUUCUUCUUGUUUUCGUUCCCCGACGUAACUCUAAAAUAAACUUCUUGCAUCUUGAUGAUCUUAGAGAAAGUGAUUGAGCAUUCUUACAUCAGAAUCUCUUGCUCUAAUUUCUUUGCAAAAGACUAGAACUUACUAAGGGACCAUCAAGCACGACAAGAAGCAAUAAGAAACACUCAAACCGAGUCAAAAAGGUGGCGAACUUGAAGGCGUCGCUUGCUUCCCUUCUUCAUCGUUGGUUUGUUGUCUCCCUAGCUUUCUUGCCUGAACAGCUUGGUUGUUCACUUUCCACGUUGCUCACAUUGCCCGAACACCCAUACCUACAAAAGAAGAUCUUGGACCUACCACGACCCAAUUCUUCCUUUUCGACUUCCCUUGUUGCACCACGAACGACGCCGGACAACUACUCGAAGGGUGCUUUUACAUCAGUGCACGAAAACCGUCUAAAGAUAUUAGUCUUCAACCGAACAAGUACUACGAACGUAGUGCAGACAAGAAGAAGAACGAAAUUCUUUAAUUACUAGUUGCAGCAGUACGUGUAGUACGUGCUCCACUUUAUUUCUCUUCAUCUGGAACUGGAUGUGGUGAUGCCGUCUCCCGCGGUUUUGCUUGCUGACGACAUCACUGCGGAAUUGACUAAGGGAUUGAACAGGAUGGCUUCAGACGGUCCUGAGGAAACUACAAAAGCUUCGCUGGAAGAAGAACUGCGAACCCUCCAGGAAAAAACUGACGAGGAGAAAGCACGACAUGCCGAAAUACUGCGGAAGAAGCUCUCAGCAGUAGCAGAUUUGGAGGCGAAAAGCGGUGGGAGCGCAGCGGAAAUGGACGGCGCAGGAAGUGGGGGAGGAGGUACUAUUUUCACCAUCUCAACAGUCGAGGACUUUUCGCUUUCUUCUACUUGGAAGUGAGUAGACAACAUAGUUGGUUCAGGAACUCUCAUGCAUGUUCUGCUUCAUUUGAUGUAUCAUGGAGGUGCAGGGACGGAUAGAAGUCAGGAAUAGGCUAUCGUGCUAUCGUGACAUUCAUCUCUUAACCAUUAAAAUAUCGUGUGAAAAAUUUCGAAUGUUCGAGGCUCUCUUUCACCAGCGUGACGAGACCCUCACCCACGCUCUUCUACGCAUCCUCACGCUCACGCUCACAACUUCUACAGGUGGCACCUGCCUCUCCGUGCAAAUUGCUGAGAAGAAAGAGGCAGUUUCAAAGCUUCGCGAGGAAGAGAGUGGCAACCUCGCGAGACUCCAAGGGUUGCAGGAGGCUAAGGCAAAAGAACAGGAAGACAGAGACAAGAGGAUCAAGGAGCUCGAAGAGAGUGAAAAGCAACUCGCCAGCGAAGCACAACAGGCACAGAAGCAAUUGAAGUCCUUACUCGAAAGAAAUCACAGGGAGGAGAAGGAAUUGGUAAGUAGAUUAUACUAGUUUAUUUGUUUUUGUAUGAUACUACCUCUACUCUCUGUCUCUCACCGCAGGGCUGACCAUGGUAUUUGUCCUUCUUCGCUUUUUCACUUAUUUCACUUUCAGUUGACUAGUAUCUUCUAUAAAGUAGGAUCGUGCAGUUGAUCGUGAUGCUGUAUGUUCUCGACCUGUAGUUUCCUCAACAUGUUGUUCGAGUUCGACUUCUUACUAUCGUACCAUCCCUGCGACUACAGGCCGCGACAGUCACGAAGUUAGAGCAACGUUUGACAAAGCAGACGGAAGAAACUGCCAACAAGUUAAAGGUUGCUCAGUUGGAAGCAGGGGUCUUGCCGUUACAACAAAAAGUCGAUAAACUUACGACGGAUAUCGAAGGCAUCAAGGCUGAGCAUGAAAAGAGUACUACCAUGCAUAUUUUAGCAACUUUAUUUGUGUUUUUACGUAUAAUUUAUGAUACUGCAUGUUCAUGCUGUUGAUAUGAAUGUUGUGAUUGUGCUGGACCAUUCGAACGCAGACUGUUAGGCCGCGUUUAGUUUCUCGGCGAGAAACACUUGAGCCAGGUACAGACUGCACAAAUGCACUCACAGCCUGAGACUAAUGAUCUCUGGCUGCUUUGAUCCCUGUGGAUAUUCGUUGGGAUUGCAAGGAGGAAGUCGCAGCUUCUUCAUUGGGAUAUCAUGACGCACGGGGAAAGCUUUCAUAUGCAUCAUAUGGGAACGCUUAUGCUAUCAUCAUUGACUCGUACGAUCAUCAUGCAUCGGCAUUCAUCAUUGGUCAGAACUGGCCAGACGUUAUGGACCUGAUUACAGUUAUGAAACAUUCAUCAUUUCUGCUAUCUGAUUACGUUGAAGGCCCUUUGCCUGUUGAUCGUUGACCUUGGAACUAUAUGCAUUUAGGUCUGUCGGUUAUCUUUGCGAUCUUUCUUGUGUUGCUUUGUCCUUGACUGUGUUGGGAGGCUUGAGCCACAAACGAGAGAGAGAGAGGAGAAGCCGAAGACACCCGCGCGACGGUAAACCCGUCGGGCGUUUGGAUAGUGCUCCGGUAACCUUUUGCCUGGCGAUCUUGGUCAUUUCGUUGAUCUUUAUCCUUGUGAUCUUUGUGAAUCUUCUAGGGUUAUGACCUUGGCCAACGGAUUGAAGUGCACAGUUGCAAUGGUGGGCCGAUGACUUAAGCCCCAUGAAAACUAAUCUUUCCUCGUUCUUCUAUUGAAAUUACAGAGGCUGCCGUUCUUGUGGAGACAAAGGAGCUCUUGCAUCGACUUCAGUUACAGCUUGAGCAGGAACAGAGCUCCAUAAAUGAGCUCGUGGAAUCAGAGGAGGAGAAGGUAUUCUAUUACUUAAGGUGCAACUUUCUUGAGCUUGAGUAGGAUCAGGAAAAAUUUCGUACUCGAAGAAUGAUUUUUGAAAUUCUACUAAAAUUAUCACAGGGAACAAGUGAGUACUUACUUGUGUGGGAUGAUGAGAUACUCCCCGCUCAUCAUCUGAAACUUAAUCCUCCUCCCAAUACGAAUACAACUACCAGAUCAAGUCCUUGAAGCAAGCUGGUGACGACGCACAGAAAGAGGCUAAUGAUAUUACCAAUAAGACGAACCAAAAAAUCGAUGAAUCCACGCAGACCAAAAACGAAAUACAACAGGCUGAGUUGGUAUUACUUAACUUCCCUUUUUUUGUCUAAGGUCUACCUGAUUAGCUAACCUCUCUUUACGUAAGAAUACUACCCCUGAUACUGAUUUUUACCUACCACCUCCAGUUUUUGUUUUGUCUCCUGUUGCAAUACCACUACUCGUGCGACUCGUUGUUACAUGAUUUUGAUUUCAACAUAUCCUCCAACUACAACUACAACUACAACAAAUUUCAAACCAUGAUCAACAGGCGAAGAACGGCAUCCAUACCGAAAAGGAAGCUUUAGAGCAAAAGCGUGACAGCUUGGAGACUACCUUGAAGGAGUCUAAAGACCAAACCGUAGAGCUGAACCGAGAGAAGAUCCGCAUGGAGAACGAAAUCAAGAAAAUCGAGAAUAACCUCAAGGAUUCUCUGAAUGAAGAAAAGCGCAGAGCGGAAACCAUGCAGAAAAGGAGGGAACAGGUAUAAGUUAGUAGAUUACUUAGUUACUCCCAUCGUCAUCGUCUACAAGAAUCUAUGUGAUGAACUUCACUACACCUUCAUUUAGCAGGCCAUAAAAUUGCACUAGCCAUUUCUUAUCCUUUGGUCUCCUAGUACUCACGUUUGAUCCACGCAUCUGAUUCACCUUUUCGAAAUCCUUCCUCAACCAAAAUGAAUCAGUUGGAAGCCGAGUUGGAGAAGAAGAAAGAGGCUGUAAAGCGUGAUGAGAGCAUGUUUCAAUCGCAGAUGGAACAGGAAGUGGCUAAAGCACGCAAACAGCAGCAGGAGAAAUCUGUGGAGUUAUGAAAAAAGAAACCUGUUGUUGCUAGUAGACGUAGACCUACUCUUCAUAGUCAACUUGUUGUGUAAGUAUCUCUUAAUUAUUAUGUGAUGCAAAAAAGUACCCCCAUGAUGCCUGCAGAUAGAAACGCAUAAUAAAAACGACUCCUAGAAGACAAGACACGUCGUCUUUAAAAAUAUUUAUUUCACAGAAGAUAGUUUGUUUAGUUAGUGAUACUUCUUCUUGUCCAAUUAGGAGCAUGGUCUGUCCUUGAACACCACCAGUUGAGGAUCCCUAGUACCCAAAUCCUCUAAGUAGUAGUUGAUGUCGUAGUACCAAAAUCCUCCAAGUAGUAGUAGUAGUAGUAGUACUCUCAAGAUGAACAAGAACAACUAGUACACCUCCCAAAAUUCUCUAAUCUUUGAAAGGGAAGAAGCGCAGCGUGGAUUGGACGAAAUCAAGACUGAUAAUGAGCAGUUGAAGCUGAAGAUCAAGGCGAUGGAAAAAGCCUUGGCAACCGAGAAGAAGAAGCUCUCUACUGCGAAAAGGACGAGUGGGGCAUGA